AUGGUACCUAAUGAAAUUGAGGAUCGAGAGAGACAGUCUAUUGAUAAUGAACGGAGUGUCAGUGGCUGCUAUGCAGCAGGUGCAGACUGCUCUCUCGCUGAGUCCUGACUGCACAAACGCAACGACUGGCCAAGGCAGUGGCUGGCCCUGGAUUACACAAGGGCAGACUCUCAACUAAGUGAGCUGGAAGACCCAGGAGAAGGCCGGGCCUCAGGUGCCCACAUGAUCAGCACAGCCAGGGUACCUGCAGAUAAGCCAGUACGCAUCGCAUUUAGCCUCAGUGAUGCCGCAGAUGAUACACCAUCUGAAGAUGCCAUUCCUUUGGUCUUCCCAGAAUUAGAGCAGCAGCUCCAGCCCCUGCCACCUUGUCACGACUCCAUAGAAUCCAUGCAGGUGUUUAAACAACACUGCCAAAUAGCAGAAGAGUACCAUGAGGUCAAAAAAGAGAUCGCCCUGCUUGAGGAAAGGAAGAAGGAGCUCAUCGCUAAGCUGGACCAGGCAGAAAAGGAGAAGCUGGAUGCUGCUCAGCUGGUUCGGGAAUUUGAGGCCCUGACGGAGGAGAACCGGACGCUGAAGAUGGCCCAGUCUCAGUGUGUAGAGCAACUGGAAAAGCUCAGGAUCCAGUCUCAGAAGAGGCAGGGGUCGUCCUAACAGCAGUGAGGAAAUGUGAGCGGGCG